AUGAUCUGGGAGAAGGAGGACCACGCUCCUCCUCAAAUGGCGCCUUCAUCGAAUGAUUCGUCAUCAAAUUCUAAUGAUUCCCCAUCAAACUCAAACUCAAACUCAAACUCAAACUCAAACUCAAACUCCACCCCAUCCAAUUCAAGAAAUGGUAACUCUGGAGGGAGCAAUAACAACGGCAAUAACUCCGGAGGUAGUAACAAUUCUGGGAACAACAACUCUAACGGAAAUAGUAACUCUGGAGGCAACAAUGGAAACAACAACUCUGGUGGAAAUGAUAAUUCUGGAGGCAACAAUGGAAACAAGGAUUCUAGUGGGAAAGAUAAUUCGUCUGGAAACAACAAUUCUGGACAAAACAACAACAACAGUUCUGGUCAGAACAGCAACUCCGGACAAAAUAACAACAACAACAACAACAAUUCUGGACAGAAUGACAACAACAGUUCGGGACAGAAUAACAAUAACCAAAACAACAACAAUUCUAGUAAUAAUAAGGACAACAGUGGCAACCAGAAUAACAACAACAACAACUCUGGACAAAAUAAUAACAAUAGUUCAGGACAAAACAACAAUAGUGGGAAUAGUAACUCUCAAUCUUCCCAAGGAAAGCGUCCUCCGCCGCCGCCACCACCCAAAUCAUCUAACUGGCAUGCACCACCACCACCACUGAAUUCAAAAAAGUCUCCUCCAACAUCAACAGCUAUAUCAAACAACAAUAGUAAAUCAUCGCCAUCCAGCUCAUCCCCCUCACCGCUCAUAAUAGGACUUGCAGCAGGAGCAGGAUUAUUAUUUGUUCUUCUUUUGCUCUUUUUUGCAUGUUCAAGAAGAAAGAAGAAGAGACAGGCCUCACACCUCAUGAAUAACCCUGAUCCUUAUCAUCCUAAUGGGAGUGGAUACUGGCAAAGCGGACCAUACAAAUCCAAUGAACACGUUCUGAAUAUGCCUCCGCCACCGUUACCGGGUUGGUCGUCUAACCCGGCGGUGCCUCAUCCGGCCAUGAUUAGCAGCGAGAUGAACUCCUCCAACUUCUCAGGCCCUCAUGGCCCUCUCCAACCCCCUCCACACCCUUCAGUGGCUCUCGGGUUCAACACAAGCACAUUCAGUUAUGAUGACUUAGCUGUUGCGACUUCAGGAUUCUCUCAGGCCAAAUUGCUAGGUCAAGGCGGGUUCGGAUUCGUGCACAAAGGAGUGUUACCAAACGGCAAAGAAAUUGCCGUGAAAAGUCUCAAAGCUGGAAGUGGCCAAGGAGACCGAGAAUUCGCAGCAGAGGUUGAAAUUAUUAGUCGUGUUCAUCACCGUUACCUUGUCUCGCUUGUGGGAUAUUGUCUUAACGGAGAACGGAAAUUAUUGGUCUAUGAGUUUGUUCCCAAUAACAACCUUGAGUUCCACCUCUAUAAUAAGAAUCGUCCUCCCCUAGAAUGGGACAACAGGGUCAAGAUUGCGUUGGGAUCAGCUAAGGGGCUUGCUUACUUGCAUGAAGAUUGUCAUCCAAAGAUUAUCCACCGUGAUAUCAAAGCAGCAAAUAUUUUAAUCGACCAUCACUACGAGGCUAAGGUGGCAGAUUUUGGGCUAGCAAAGCUUAACCAAGAAAAUGUAACUCAUGUGUCUACUCGUGUCAUGGGGACAUUCGGAUACUUGGCUCCUGAAUACGCAUCAAGUGGCAAGCUUACUGAGAAGUCUGAUGUUUUCUCAUUUGGUAUAAUGCUUCUUGAGCUUAUUACUGGACGACGGCCGGUGGACACCACUGGAGAAUAUGAGGAGGAUACAUUAGUAGACUGGGCUAGGCCACUACUUGUAAAAGCAAUAGAAGAUGGGGACUAUAGCGAGUUGGCUGAUACACGAUUAGAAAACAAGUAUGAUCAUGAAGGGAUGGCACGCAUGGUUGCAUGUGCGUCAACAAGCGUUCGACAUUCUGCAAAAAAGCGACCCAAAAUGAGUCAGAUUGUGCGCGUGUUAGAAGGUGAUGUGUCGCUAGAGGACUUGCAUGAAGGAAUUAAACCUAGUCCAAGUGCUUUAUUCGGGGGCUCCAAUACUAGUUCUGACUUUGAUUCCGACUCAUAUAACGCUAACAUGAAGAACUUUAGGAAGUCAGUUCUGGGGGGAAGCCAAGACUAUCCAAGCAGCGAAUAUGGGAAUACAUCUAACAGUGAGGAGAUGGCUAAGAAAGUAUAA